GUGCGGUCUAUGCAAACAUCUGCCCUCUCUGGCGAUCAAUAGGAGACUGUGUUGCUUUCCAGCGCUCACUCUCCUCACAUCAUACGGCAGCUCCGAGCGCAGGGAGACAUGGCCCUCCGACAUAUCGCUCUGCUGAUCGCAGGACUUCACGUCCUCAUUUGCAAAACAAGGGCCGAGGUGGAGGUAAGCAUGGAAGACAGGUUGGAGGUAUCCUUAAAUAGCAAUGCCAAGAUCUCCUGUAUGUACAUAUCAAGAGAGCCGGCCAUGGUGAUAAUGUGGUCCACGAAAUUGCCCGGCAGGGACCAGGCCAGGAGAAAAAUCUACUACUUUGAUAAUCAGAAUGAGACUAUCGAUGAGGGCAGUGAUUACACCGGACGGAUCAGUGUCAGUCACUCUCAUAACAAGAGCACUGAGAAGGGAUACAUCAUUCUGAGCAUUGACAAGGUGCGACUGAGUGAUGAGAGGGAGUUUAUCUGCACGGUGUACAAUGUGUCCAAAGAUCACGGUGAAGGACGCACUCGACUCCAUGUCUUCAAUUCGCCAUCUUUUCCUUUGAUUGAAGUUACAUACUCUGGAAUUUCUGUUGAUGCCGAGGGGCCGUCAAAGAUUGCAGACUGUAAAGUGGAGAAUGGGUACCCUAGACCCAACAUCACAUGGUACAAGGACGUGUUCCCUCUUCAGAACUCAGAUGGUGUGGUAAAGAUCAUGGAUUCAGUAACAAAAAAUCCCAGCGGUUUGUUCACAGUAGAGAGUGAACUGUCCAUUAAGGUUGUGAGGGAAGAUGAGGAUGCACAUUUCUACUGUGAAGUCAAUUUCUUCGUCCCUGAAGGCGUGAAAAUGACUGAGUCCAGUCGUGUCAACAUCACAGUUCACUACCCCACGACAGAAGUAACCCUUUCUAUAAAUCCAGAUAAUCCAUUCUUAAAAGAAGGCGACACUGUGAAAAUCAGAUGUAAGGGAAAUGGAAACCCUCCCCCCCUUAUUAGUUUCAGACAUAAGGAGAUGUUGUUGGAAUCAGAGAAUGACCUACUUAAUCUGGAAAAUCUCACGCGAUCGCACAGCGGUACAUAUGAGUGCCAGUCACAUGACGUAAACACGUUUACUGAGGCCAAUGGCUCCAUCAGUAUUCAAGUACAUUAUCUGGAUCCUAUUGUGGUGACCGGGACACUGGAGGAUAUGGUAGUGGACCAGGGGGGAGAUCUCAACUUAACCUGCAAUGCCUUGUCUUCUUUAUCCAUAUUAGCAGCAUGGUAUAAGGAUGGUAUGCGUGUUGGGGACAAGCAUGUUUUACACUUACACAAUGCCUCCUAUGACACAGCUGGGAACUAUAAGUGUGUAUUGACCGUCAUUUCCAUACCUGAGCUACAAAGACAGAAGUCUGUACAAAUCUAUGUGCGAGGAAAGCCUGAUAUCACAGAGGGGAUUGCAGUGGGCCCAGUGAAUAAGGUUGACCGCUCUGUUAUCUUGAGAUGCCAUGCACAAGGAUAUCCCACCCCCAACAUAAGUUGGGACCUCUCUGACCAACGGACAGGCCAGUCUGUCCCUAUACCUAUUGCGGAGGACCAUGAGACCAAGACUGGUGUCCUCAGUAUGAUCUCUGUCAAGGUCACUUCAGAACUCAUAGCCAACUGCAGCGCCUCAAAUGAGUUUGGGACAAUCUCUGUUUCUCGCAACAUUGAAGCCUUUGCACGAAGAACUACAACCAAAGCUCCCAGUACAAAAGGUGGUAGUGGAGUCGCCAUAGCCGUCAUCAUCAUCUGUCUCCUCCUGAUAGCUAUUCUCUGCAGUGUGCUCUACUUCCUCUACAAGAAAGGAAGGCUUCCGUGUGGGCGCUCGGGAAAGCAGGAUUUCACGAAGGAAACAGCCAGUAAGGAUGACAUUGUGAUGGAAAUGAAGAGUGGCAAAUCUGAAGAGGCAGUGCUUUUACAGGGAGUCAAUGGGGACAAAAAAAACACCCAUUGAAUAGUGAGAUGAAGACUGAAAACCACAUGGGCAUGCGGAUAGGACAGUGGCCUGUGUCCUACAGCACUCAGUCUCAGGGUGAAAUCCCCCAUACCAGAGUGCUUAAAGACUUCACCUUACAAGAUGUCACCUGAAUUCUAGCUAUGUUUUGUAUUUGACUUGCUAUAAUGUGAUUCUAUAAAACACCAAGCUCAAUAGACAACCUCUUUCCAGUAUUUACAGCGUGUAUAUAUGAAUUACUGUAUAUACAGUAUUUAGCUAUUUAAUAUGUCUGAGACAACACGUGAAAGGUUGUUUUUUUAGAACUUUGUUGAGGGGCAUUUGACAAGUGCCUAAAUCAGUAUGUGCUAUUUGCUGUUGCAUGUCUGUUCAGAACCUGCUCUCACCUCUUCCAUAUAGUCCCAUGCACUGAACCACUAAGAACUGUCUUUACCGCUGCAGCACCACUGUAAACAUUUCCUCUGUCCUCUAUGUCCAAUGAUAGUCAUCUUGAGGGCAUUUUACUGUACAAAUAAGUCAGGGAAAUCUCUGGCGUGGACGACCUUUUUUCCAAAAAUGUAAAAAAAUGUAGGCCUCUUUAUUUUUUAUAUUUUUAUUAGCAAUAUCAAAUGAAGUUCUAUCCGAAAGCCACUGAAUGUCCGCCAUUCAUGCUAAAGCUUAAACUAAAUGUCCCAACUGCCUGAGAGAAAUGGAAGCAUCCUGUAGAGGAGGGACUAAAACUCAGCUGAUUUCAAUGCUGAUGGCUAUUGCCUUUAUUUUUUUAUUGCCAUGACCUGCUGUCCUCAUCUUGCACUGAAUGUAAAUAAUGAACAAUUGUAUGACCAUCCUCUCGAUUUUUAAGCUUUUAGAGUUCAAUUUGAAUUGCAGGUACAUGGGUUUGUUCAUGUAUUCUAAAUCCAGGAUAUUACAUACAGGUUCUUCUCACUUUUUUGCAUGUUUGUCUGGCUUAUAGGAGAGAAAGUAGAACAGCAAAAAUGUCAUGGUCACCGUUCAUACACCAUUUAGUUUUCUCAAGAAAGAGUAUAGCAACUGCUUUAUUAUGCAUUUAAUUUGAGCAGACCCACAGGGUCUUUACAGCAAACUCUGUCCUCAGUCCAUGGUUGGACUUUUUAUUUUUAUUUCCACAAGCAUGUUAUACUCUUGUUUUGUGUCAGUGGCAUUUUUGUAAAUGCUUGUUUUAGAACUGUCCUGUAUUUCUAUUAAAAAGGUCUGGUUUACUCAAGCCAUAAUUGUGUGAUGUUUUGAGCUUUUUAUAAAUCAAUAAAAAUGAUAUACAAUG